GCGGUCCGCAGGAUGCAGGCCAUGGACCCUGCGGCCGCGGAUUUUUAUGAGGAGGACGGCAAAGACCUGGACUUCUACGACUUCGAGCCGCUCCCCACUCUGGCAGAGGAUGAGGAGAAUGUAUCCCUGGCCGACAUCCUCUCUCUGCGGGACAGUGGCCUCAGUGAGCAGGAGGCCUGGGCCGUGUGCCUGGAAUGCAGCCUGUCCAUGCGGAGCGUCGCCCACGCGGCCAUCUUCCAGACCCUGUGUAUCACGCCCGACACCCUGGCCUUCAACACCAGUGGAAACGUGUGCUUCAUGGAGCAGCUCAGCGAUGACCCUGAAGGAGCCUUUGUGCCCCCAGAGUUUGAUGUGACCGGGAACACCUUUGAGGCUCACAUCUACUCUCUGGGGGCCACACUGAAGGCAGCCCUGGAAUACGUGGCAGAGCCUGAGCUGGAGCCCAGGCUGAGCCAGGACCUGGAGGCACUACUGAGCCAGAUGCAGGCAGAGGACCCUGGGGACCGGCCCAGCCUUGAGAGCAUCAUAGCGCUGUGCGAAGAAAAGAUGCAGCUCACAUCCUCCUGCCGCCUGUGCCGGAGCCUCUCAGCUGUGGGAAGGAGGGUGCUCUCCAUCGAGUCCUUCGGAGCGUUUCAAGAUGUCAGUGAAAACACCUGGAGGGGCAGACCUGCUCCAAGAAGUGUAGGGCCCAAGAGGUCACUUGGGGACCUCAGCCCUGACCCAGAAGCCCUGCCUGCUCCUGGGGGCCUGCCCCAGCCUCCUGCUUCAGAAGGCCCAGAGCGGGAAACUGAUCGAGGCUCCAGAUCCCUGCUCUCUAAGUCUCUGCUAUCAGGCCCUGUGAAAAACGGGGAAAGCCACAGCCGGGACGGGCUGCCCAGCCUCAUCCUGGACAACAGGUGCCCCCUCGGUGAGCUGGACAGAGACUUCCUUAAGAGAAGCCGCCUGAGGAAAGUGCAGACGUUUCCCAGGCUCCUGCCUGAGGGCCCUGAGGCCAAUGGCCUCUGCCUGUCACUGACCAGCACGAAAAGCCAGCUGCCCGUGUCCGAAUUCUUCCCUGCAGACCCCAGGAAAGUCUUGCCGGAGGGGAAAAAUGGCCUGUUUAGCAUCAAGGCACCAUCUACCCGCAGACUGUGGCCUGAGCAGGAAUCCAAACCCCAGCCAAUGGAGCCUCCAGGCACAGGCCACGGAGAUGACAGGGGACCUGGGGUUCCUGGAGACUUAGGACCACCUGAGACAGCAGCACAUCCUGACCAGGCCCCUGCAGAGGAAAGACCCUGUCCCUGUCCUAUGGACCCUGGAGAUGCAGACCAGGUAACCCAGACUCCUGAGGAUGACAAGACAGAAGAAGCUGGGCAGCCAGGAAGUACAGCCACGGAACAGUGGGUAUCUCUGCAGGAUCUCUUGUCCAAGCUGGGCCGGCCCUUCAGGGAGUACGAGCUGUGGGCCCUAUGCCUUGCCUGCCUCAGGGCUCUGCAGAUGCAUGCCAAGCAUCCAGCCUACCUGUGUCUGGACUCUGUGCUGGUGGCUGAGGAUGGAGUUGUGCUCUUUGGGCCACCCCCUGUCAAUGGCUCUUACAACUCAUUCUUUUUGGCUCCUGAGGUGGCCGAGGAAAAGCUGGUGACUGAAAAGGCCUCAGUGUACUGUGUGGCCGCCGUCCUGUGGACUGCAGCCAAGUUCAGCAUCCCCCACGGCCACAAGCUGGCCCUGCCUCGCAGGCUCAAGACCCUCCUCCUGGACAUGGCCAAGCGCAGUGCCCCAGAGCGGCCAUCUGCAGCUGAGGCCAUCAAGGUGUGCAGCAGUUACCUCCUUCAGCGAGGCAUGGACAGCAGGAAGAUUUUAGCCCACCUGAGGGCCUCUACCUGUAAGGUUUACCAGGAAGAAGAGACCAUCAGUCUCCAAAAUGCUUUCUCGGUGGUUGAACUGAAACCCCUCGGAGCGCCUUCUCCUGAGCCCAGUCCAGGUUUCAUGCCGGUCACCAAUGACACCAGGCUUGUCGCCAUGCCCGGGCCCAUGCCAGGCCAGUCCUCCUGCAAUGAAGGAACCACAGAGCUGCCAGUGGCAUUUACUUCUGAGGCCACUCACUUCAAGCCCAUCGUCCUCACACAAGAUGCAGGUGUAGACAGGGAACAGCUUGCCUUGCCCUCAGAACAGGCUGAGGGCCCCGAGGAGAGCAGUGGCCGACUGGACAGAGACAGCGAAGGAAAGCAUGUGCCUCAGGCCCACACUGGGGUCACCAGCCCGAUGACAACCAAAGGGCCUGUGCCUGCUCCAGAGCCCCACGGAGCAGACCCGGAAGCUCUCAGGGAGUCAGUACCAUGUGGCUUGGCUCAGGGGUGCUCCUGCCCUCCACCUUCAUCCCCUGUCCACCAGCCCGAGGGAGCCUCAUUGGCAACUCCUGGCUCCCCUGCCCCCACCCUACCCCCAAAGGCAUUAGUGCUGCCCCUGAAACCAGGGCUAGAUGGGCAGGUCCCACCUGAAGCCCCUUCUAUGGGCCUUGGGCCCUGCCCCCCAGGGCCUACCUCAGACAACCAUGGCCUGCCUCGCCCAUCCAAGCCACCCAGGAGCAAGGUCACUGAGUGCCCAGGCCAGAAGCCAGAGGGUCCCCAGUCAACCACACGGGGCCCCUCCCUGGCUGCAGUGAGUCCAGAUAGCCCCAGGGGCACCCCUGUCAGGGAGCGUGGUGACCACACCCCAGAAAGUCACUCUGAGAGGCCCCGACCAGCAGACCGCAAGCUCUGCCCGUCUGGUGUGGAUGCCUCGUCCCUCCAGGACGCCAUGCGACUCAUCCAGGAAGAGUUCGCCUUUGACGGCUACCUGGACAAUGGGCUGGAGGCUCUGAUCAUGGGAGAAUACAUUUUCGCCUUAAAAGAUCUCACCUUUGCCACUUUCUGUGGUGCCAUAUCUGAAAAGUUCUGUGACCUCUACUGGGAUGAGAAGUUGCUGCAGAAUCUCUUCAAAGUUGUGAAUGGGCCAACUUCACCCUCUGAGAGCAUUUCUGAGGAGUCCAUGUCACAGCCAGAGAACACACCGAGCAGCUGCUCACCCUCCAGCAAAAGGCCCUCACUGCACCGGCUGGGAAAAGAGAAGCCGGCCAUGGCCAGGACCAGCAGAGGCCCCUGCUCACCCACCUCACUGUCAGACAUGGACUCAGAUGAGCUCUCCCAGGGGAACUUUGAGGUGGGAUUUCGGCCUCAGAAGUCAGUAAAGUCUACAAGAGAGCAGCAGCCCACAGCUGGAGAGGACGAGCAGCAAGGUGGGGGCCCUGAGCCAGCCAGUGGAGCUUCGGACGUGGACAUAGUGGCCCGACUGGCCAGGCCCGACGAGAGUAGCCCAGUCAUAUCCCCUGGCCCAGCCGAGUUCCGGAGCUGCAGCCCCGGCUGGUCUAGCGCCUUCUAUGAGGCUGACUGCUUCGGGACAGAAGUCCACAACUAUGUGAAGGAUCUGGGCAGGCAGAAGGCCAGCGGGUCACCAGAACCCGAUGCUCAGAGCCCGAAGUCGCUCCUGGAGCUCGAGUGCAGUCAGGAGCUGGAGCAGCAGCUCAUGAUAGAGAAAAGAAACUACCGGAAGACUCUGAAGUUCUACCAAAAACUCCUACAGAAGGAAAAGCGGAAUAAAGGCUCUGAGGUGAAGACCAUGCUGUCCAAGCUGAAAGGGCAGCUGGAAGAAAUGAAAUCAAAGGUGCAGUUCCUCGGCUUAGUCAAAAAGUACUUGCAGGUCAUGUAUGCGGAGCGCUGGGGCCUGGAGCCCUGCGCCCUGCCAGUGAUCGUGAACAUCGCAGCAGCUCACUGCGACACCUUGGACUUCAGCCCCCUGGACGAGUCCUCCUCCCUCAUCUUCUACAAUGUCAACAAGCACCCAUGCGGCAGCCGGCAGAAGAAGGCACGGAUCCUACAAGCUGGUACCCCACUAGGGCUCAUGGCCUACCUCUACUCCAGCGACGCCUUCCUGGAGGGCUACGUCCAGCAGUUCCUUUACACCUUCCGGUACUUCUGCACACCGCACGACUUCCUGCACUUCCUCCUCGACCGCAUCAACAGCACCCUGUCCAGGGCCCACCAGGACCCCACCUCGACCUUCACCAAGAUCUACAAGCGGAGCCUCUGCGUCCUGCAGGCCUGGGUGGAAGACUGCUACACUGUCGACUUUACAAGGAACACGGGGCUACUGGGGCAGCUGGAGGACUUCAUCUCUUCCAAGAUUCUGCCCCUGGACGGCUCUGCCGAGCACCUGCUCGGCCUCCUCGAGGUGGGCACAGACCGGAGGGCUGAGGGCACUCCUCGAGGUACAGACCUGGAGGACCCCAAGGAGGCUGAAGAGGAAGCCAGACCCUUCAAUGCCCUCUGUAAGAGGCUCUCUGAGGACGGCAUCUCACGGAAGAGCUUCCCCUGGAGGCUGCCCCGGGGCAACGGGCUGACACUGCCACACCACAAGGAGCGCCAGUACACCAUCGCGUCUGCCCUGCCCAAGCCCUGCUUCUUCGAGGACUUCUACGGCCCCUAUGCCAAGGCCAGCGAGAAGGGGCCCUACUUCCUAACUGAGUACAGCACCCACCAGCUCUUCAGUCAGCUGACAUUGCUGCAGCAGGAAUUGUUUCAAAAGUGCCACCCUGUCCACUUCCUAAACUCACGAGCCCUGGGCGUCAUGGACAAAAGUGCAGCCAUCCCCAAAACCAGCUCUUCUGAGUCUCUGUCAGCCAAAACCUGCAGCUUAUUUCUGCCCAAUUAUGUCCAGGACAAGUACCUGCUACAGCUGCUAAGAAACGCAGAUGACGUCAGCAACUGGGUGGCUGCGGAGAUUGUGACCAGCCACACCUCCAAGCUGCAGGUGAACUUGCUGUCCAAGUUUUUGCUGAUUGCGAAAUCUUGCUACGAGCAGAGGAACUUUGCAACGGCCAUGCAGAUCCUGGGCGGGCUGGAGCACCUGGCCGUGAGGCAGUCCCCUGCCUGGAGAAUUCUACCUGCAAAGAUAGCAGAGGUCAUGGAGGAGCUGAAAGCCGUGGAGGUCUUCCUGAAGAGCGACAGCCUGUGUCUGAUGGAAGGGCGGCGCUUCCGGGCCCAGCCCACCCUGCCCUCAGCCCGCCUCCUGGCCAUGCACAUCCAGCAGCUGGAGACAGGGGGCUUCACCAUGACCAAUGGGGCCCACAGGUGGAGCAAGCUCAGAAACAUAGCCAAGGUGGUGAGCCAGGUCCACGCAUUCCAGGAGAACCCCUACACCUUCAGCCCCGACCCCAAGCUCCAGUCAUACCUCAAGCAAAGAAUCGCCCGUUUUAGCGGAGCCGAUAUCUCCAUUUUAGCAGCAGACAACAGGGCCAACUUCCACCAGAUGUCCAGCGAGAAGCAUUCCCGGAAGAUACAGGACAAGUUACGAAGAAUGAAAGCCACAUUCCAGUAGCUGAGGACAUGGGCCUGGGUGUGGAAUUCCAAAUAUGGACCAGACCUGAGAGGUGGCAACUUGGGGUAGAAAGGAGCCUCACCCCAGGGCCACCUGCCUGCUGCGCGGGGCCCAAACGUCCCCCAACAACUUGGCUACACGUGUUGUUGGCUCCUCAUUAGGAGCCCUGAGCAAUUUUUGAGAUUUUGCCAUUUUCAGAUCAGGAGGUGGAGGCUCACAGGGACGCACUCUAGGCCACUCCACUGGGAGAAGCUGAAUUGACCUCUUCUCAGUAGACAGAGCCAGGAUGGGCACAGGAGCCUUAGAGGUUGAUGUGUCCCUGCUAGAAUUUAAAAAUUAAAUUUAAAAAUUAUAAUGAAAAUAGAAUAAGUAAAUUUCCUAAGAGUUUCAAACAUAUCUAUACCUCUCAGAUCAAUGACUCUCACCUAGUUCUCCAAUGACCUUCCUCUAUCCACCCCCAAAAAAAUACUCAAUACCCGCCCACCUGACUCAACAGAUUUUAAACUUAGUUGCUCAUUGAGCAGUAUUUUUAUGAGUCUGGUCUAUGUCCACUCAGCAACGAAGGACCAAAGCUCUCCUCUAACCCCACAUGCCAACCAUGGGCUUCAAGAGGUUCCAAAACUUUCCAUAGCCUCUGAGGCUUCUCAAUGAUCUGAGCCCCUGCCUGGGUUCAAACUUCCGUUCACUCCCACACCCCACCCCCAACUCAGUCCCAUAGGUGCCCAGCACAGCUCAGCCAUCUCAGCCGAGUAGGGGAUGCAGCCGCCUCAGUGCCCAAGCCUCCCAGCACCACCCCAGUCCCAGCCCAGCCUCACAGUUCCAGCUCCAUGCCGGUAGCCUCCUCUCCCCGUGGCCUGGUACACCACCACCCCUCCGCUUUGAACAGCUCCUGGUGAGGCAGAUCCACCAUGCAAAGGCUCUGCUUCCCAGGGAAAGGACAGAGGUCACCAGUAGCGACUCCAAAGCAAAGAUGCCAUCUCAGUGGGGCCCUGAGGGCAUCCCCUCAAUGCAGCUCAUGGCCCCAGGGGGCCGCAGGGCUGCCCACCCGCCUUCAGCAGCCCUGCAUGUGCACAUCUGUGCCCCUACUUGCACACCCACUGUGUUCCUGCAACUCGACACCAUCACUAGUGCUUUGUCAGAAAAGGACAUGAAAUUUGCUGCCUCGAUGGUGCCAAGCCCUUCCCCAAGGUUCCUAGUCUCUAAACAGCUAGGACAGAGCAUUUGUUCAAUGAAUGUAGGAAGCCCCUCUGGUCAGGGGAGGAACAGAAUGGGACUUUUAGCAGCAGGGAGACUUGCCUGGUCAGUUCCCCACUGGCCUCUCCUGACAACAGGGAGGCCACACCUCUUGGCGUCAUCCCAAGCAUCAGCUGUUCAUUCUCACACUGCAGACUACAAAUUACACAAGACCCAAGAUUGUUCUUUUGAGCUAUAGAAUUAGUGAUUCUUUAGAGCAACCAGCUAGUGGUAUUUCUAGGAAAGCUGUUACUUGUGACAAAACGCUGAAUUUUAAUGUCAAGAUGUGUUUUCCCACAUAAAUUCAUCGGCGACAUCCAGGGCCUGCUUAAAUGUAAUAUACAAACACAGUAGCCUAGCCGUGAAAUGCGUUUCUUUUUUUUUUAGGCUUUUAUAUGAGGAUUAUGUUUUGCUUAUCAACUCUUACAUAUCAGAUUUUAUAUCUAACGAAGAUAGUGCCAGGCGCAAAUCAACAUUUCAAUGGUGACAACUUAUUUUGUGGGGAAAUGACCGGGCUUUUGGCUUCAGCACGACUGUUUGCAUGGCACCCUAAUGUCACGUGGUACCAAUUUCUAAAUAAAAUCAUUUCUACCAAGCCGCUUCUGUGUGGCCCCGUGAGUCUCCAAAGUGAUGCCUGCUUUGUAGAGUAAGGAGGUCUCUUCCGUAGCCAGAUGACAUCCACUUUACAGGUGCUCAGAAAGUCUCAAGGUAUGAGACCAAAUAUGGUCAGCCCAGCACUGAAAACGAACUGCUGGACCAGAACGUCCUUGGUUACACUCACGGCCUCAGCGGCAUCCAGAGUAGGGCCAUGGUCACACCAGGAAAACAGAAGCCCCCAAACCCCCAGGUCAGUGCAUAAGCACACCUAUCUGGCUGCUGAAGAAAACACGUGCUUCUGGUGAAGACUGCAAACUGCCGAAAAGAGCUGACUCACUGGGACUGUGAGACCACCACUCCUGACCCAAGGCUGUUCUACCAAAAGUUCGGCCCAUCUGAAGCAGUUCCUACCUGGCAGCCCAAAUAUCACAGGCAGCCUGUGAACAAGACAGAGCUGGUCCCUUGCUCGCCAUGGUAUGUCCUUGCCAGAGCUUUGACCGAAUCUGAGAGGGAGACUGGAUGGGGACACUCAUGGUAGCUUGGUGGUGACCCCUGGGAAAAAAGCCUGCUGUAAUAGCUUUGAUUACAGCAGAGGAAGGAGUUCAAAGGCAGGGAUUCAGAGACUUUGGGAGUAUCGACUAUUGAUGCUUUUUAUAGAAGAGUUGAUGGGUGUUCUUGGAAGUUCCUGUAAUGAACAAUACUGUUAUCUGCCUGGUUGGGCAGGCCCUGGAAGAGUAAAGUUAUGCUAAUGAAGACAAUGAAAUGGCAAAGUUAUGUUAAUGUGGUGGAAAGCUGCUACUGGUAGGUGGUUUUGGUGUCUAGGUCUUGGGGGAAGUGGGGAUAUGUAGUGGUUUUGAUCCUGACCUAUAAUUUUUUUUAAGAAUUAUUUUAUUUAUUUAUUUAUUUUUAAUUUGGCCAGA